AUUUAUCCUAUUUCGUAUACUUUUAAUACAUGUGGAAUUAAUAAAAACGUCCCUGCCUCCAAUUCCGUGGUUAUUUUACUGUCUUCCUUUUUCGGACAAGUCCCUAAAAGGUGGCGCUCUUGGCUCCUUCCGUUGCCCCUCCACUAACCCUGUCUUCCUUAGGUGACCUCUGGCUUUACUCCAACCUCGGCAGGGUCUGCCUUUUCGGGUUGAUACAACGACCUGUCCUGCAUGCCAUAUCCCAGGAGCGCGGGCACCAAAGUGUGGAAAGGCAGAUCAAUGAUGUUUUCUGUUCUGUUUCCAAUACUCUACCUGCCAGAAUCCCCCGCCGCACCGCCCCACCGCCCCACCACGAACCACAUGGAGCCCACGGGCUACCCGAGAACAAAGGUCUGUACUUCUCCCAUUUCUUCAGCUAUGUUUCUCUCGGUUGGCAUGCCCUUUCCUCAUCUCACUCCAUACCGGCACAGCUUUAGCAAAUAAUAUGCACGCUUCUGGGACGGGCUCAAGCAUUUCCCUCCCCUGAUAGGGCGGGCCUAAAAUGCAAGCGCCGCAGCGGUCAGCAAAGGACUUCCCUGUUACCAUGGUAAAGCCGCUGUUGCCAUCUUUAUUGUGGUUGACGAGUACUUGCAGCAACCUAAGAGAAAAUAACAAGGAGGUCUGCAGGCUGAAAGCCUUCAAAUUAGCCUGGACUCAGCUGAAUUUGGCUCGAAACGAAGUUAUCUCAGGGGUGGGGGUUUAGUCCUCCGGUGGACGCAACACGCGCCAGCCGCUAAUAGAAUGUCGUUAGGGGACCGGCUCUGAGUCCGUUACGGCCAGGCACUUCCGGCUCACGCCCCGUACGGAAGCGUGGUCAGCGCUGAGCUUCUGCUCCGUACGGAAGUGUCCUUUGAUGCCCCGGAAGCCGACUCAAGAGAGCUAUGGCGGGUUUGACUGUGAGAGACCCAGCGGUGGAUCGUUCUCUACGUUCUGUGUUCGUGGGGAACAUUCCUUAUGAAGCUACUGAAGAGCAGUUGAAGGACAUCUUUUCUGAGGUUGGACCUGUUGUUAGUUUCAGAUUGGUAUAUGAUAGAGAGACAGGAAAGCCAAAGGGUUAUGGCUUCUGUGAAUACCAAGACCAAGAGACAGCACUUAGUGCCAUGCGGAACCUGAAUGGGCGAGAAUUCAGUGGGAGAGCACUUCGAGUAGAUAAUGCUGCCAGUGAAAAGAACAAAGAAGAGCUGAAGAGCCUUGGCACUGGUGCCCCUGUCAUUGAGUCACCUUAUGGAGAGACCAUCAGUCCUGAGGAUGCCCCUGAGUCCAUUAGCAAAGCAGUUGCCAGCCUUCCACCAGAGCAGAUGUUUGAGCUGAUGAAACAAAUGAAGCUCUGUGUCCAGAAUAGUCCCCAGGAGGCACGGAACAUGUUGCUUCAGAACCCUCAACUGGCUUACGCUUUGCUGCAAGCACAGGUAGUGAUGAGAAUUGUGGAUCCGGAAAUUGCCCUGAAAAUUCUACAUCGCCAGACAAAUAUCCCAACGCUGAUUGCAGGCAACCCUCAGCCAGUCCAUGGUGCUGGGCCUGGCUCAGGAUCCAAUGUGUCAAUGAACCAGCAGAAUCCUCAGGCCCCUCAGGCCCAGUCUUUGGGUGGAAUGCAUGUCAAUGGCGCACCUCCUCUGAUGCAAGCUUCUAUACAGGGUGGAGUUCCAGCACCAGGGCAAUUACCAGCAUCUGUCACAGGACCUGGCCCUGGUUCCUUAGCUCCUGGAGAUGGAGUUUCACUCUUGUUGCCCAGGCUGGAGUGCAGUGGCGUGAUCUCUGCUCACCGCAACCUCCGCCUCCCGGGUUCAAGCAGUUCUCCUGCCUCGACCUCCCGAGUAGCUGGGAUUACAGGAGGAAUGCAGACUCAGGUUGGAAUGCCAGGAACUGGACCAGUGUCCAUGGAACGGGGACAAGGAACCCUACAGCACUCGCCCGUGGGACCCGCCGGGCCUGCAUCAAUUGAGCGAGUUCAAGGGCAGAGAACAUGGAUGAUAUGGGCAUCUGUCCGAGGCUGUACUCCCUCCCUACUGGUGUCAGGAGGCCUGGAUGGAAUAGCAGUCUUGCCGAUGCAAGACCCCAGAGCAGCUAUGCAGCGGGGAUCCUUGCCUGCCAACGUCCCAACCCCUCGAGGCUUGUUAGGAGAUGCUCCGAAUGAUCCACGGGGAGGCACUUUACUUUCUGUAACUGGAGAGGUAGAGCCUAGAGGUUACUUGGGACCACCUCAUCAGGGUCCACCCAUGCACCAUGUUCCUGGCCAUGAGAGCCGAGGACCACCCCCACAUGAGCUGAGGGCAGGGCCAUUACCUGAGCCCAGACCUCUAAUGGCAGAACCAAGAGGACCCAUGUUAGAUCAGAGGGGUCCACCCUUGGAUGGCAGAGGUGGAAGGGAUCCCCGAGGAAUAGAUGCACGAGGGAUGGAAGCCCGAGCCAUGGAGGCAAGAGGGUUAGAUGCCAGAGGAUUGGAGGCCCGUGCAAUGGAGGCCCGUGCAAUGGAAGCUCGUGCGAUGGAGGCCCGAGCGAUGGAGGCCCGUGCGAUGGAAGUCCGAGGGAUGGAGGCCAGAGGCAUGGAUACCAGAGGCCCAGUGCCUGGCCCUAGAGGACCUAUACCUAGUGGAAUGCAGGGUCCCAGUCCAAUUAACAUGGGGGCAGUUGUCCCCCAGGGAUCCAGACAGGUCCCAGUCAUGCAGGGAACAGGCAUGCAAGGAGCGAGUAUACAGGGUGGAAGCCAGCCUGGUGGCUUUAGUCCUGGGCAGAACCAAGUCACUCCACAAGAUCAUGAGAAGGCUGCUUUGAUUAUGCAGGUUCUACAACUGACUGCAGACCAGAUUGCCAUGUUGCCUCCUGAGCAAAGGCAGAGUAUCCUGAUUUUAAAGGAACAAAUACAGAAAUCCACUGGAGCACCUUGACAGGUUUUCAAAAAUACCUGGCAAGAAAUCUGGAAGCUAAUUCUAUAAUUAUGUUGAAAUAUUGAAAAAGAUGACGUGCAUCCUAACCCUUGAAUAACUCAAAUCAGUGCCAGGUGGAGGACUCCCAUCACCUUCUCUCAGAACAAAAGCAAUUGAUUUUAUUGUCUUAGUUUGUAUAUUUUCUGUGACUUGAAAUAAACUUUAAACACAA